UGAAGUUCGUGUCGUGCUAGUUCUGUGGUAGGUACUACAAACAAAUAGCAAAUUCCUUAAUUUUCAUCAUAAAUCAUUGUGUUACGUGUUGUUUAUUGUGCGUGGAGGUGUGUGCUAAUGUAUAAUGUUUUUAUUCUGUUGCUGCAUUGAGUAAUAUACUAAAACAGUUUCAAAACGAUAUUGCAGAUCGUUGAACAAACCUGACAAACUGGAUUGCGAAUAAUGAUGGACUCGGACUCGUCCGGUGCGGACUUUUGUCGCUUCUGUAGAUCAGAGGCUUCGUCCGACCGGCCACUAUUUCACCCGUGUAUAUGCACGGGUUCAAUAAAAUGGAUCCACCAGGAAUGUUUAGUGCAAUGGAUGCGUUAUUCACGGAAGGAAAUAUGCGAACUUUGCGGUCAUCGCUUCUCCUUUAUGCCCAUCUAUUCUCCGGAUAUGCCUCGCAGACUGCCGUUGCGUGAUGUUGUAGGUGGAUUGGUAACAUCCGUCGCAUCGGCGGUGAAAGAUUGGCUGCACUACACACUCGUCGCCCUCGCCUGGCUUGGAAUAGUCCCAUUAACUGCGUGUAGGACGUAUCGUUGUUUAUUUUCUGGUUCAUUGGACCCAGUGAUAUCCCUUCCGUUCGACAUAGUAUCAGCUGAGAACUUAGCAAAAGAUGUUUUCUCUGGAUGCUUUGUUGUUACAUGUACUUUAUUCUCUUUUAUUGGUUUGGUAUGGCUGAGAGAGCAGAUUAUGCAUGGUGGUGGCCCAGAUUGGAUGGAAAGGGAAAAUUUACCAGCACCACCAGCCGAAGAGCCAUUACAGGAUAAUAACAAUGAGAAUAUUAAUGAGGGGGCUGUCGAUGAUGUUGGAGCAAGGGAAGAGCCAAACGGUGAAGCUGCAGAGGACCCAUUGGUUGGUGAUGAAGCUAACUGGAAUCCUAUGGAAUGGGAUAGAGUUGCUGCAGAGGAGUUAACUUGGGCUAGGUUAUUGGGGUUGGAUGGGUCAAUGGUGUUUCUAGAACAUGUGUUCUGGGUUGUAUCAUUGAACACACUGUUUAUUGUUGGAUUUGCAUUCUGUCCCUAUCAAAUAGGGCAGCUUGGGGCUACAGUAGCUGGACUGACCGCAGAGGGACCAUUUGCUGGUCCCUUGAAAGCACUAUCUGGAUAUGUGAUUGUGGCGGCACUGUUAGCCAUACUUCAUGCCAUGGCCUCUUUGUUGAGGCUGAGAAGUGCUAAAAAAGCUCUGGGAUUCUGCUAUGUUGUUGUAAAAGUAGCUCUGCUAUCUGUUGUUGAAAUUGGCGUUAUUCCUCUAGUAUGUGGAUGGUGGUUGGACCUCUGUUCCCUGUCAAUGUUUGACGCAACAUUAAAAGACAGGGAGACGAGUCUCCAUGCAGCUCCGUGGACUCUAAUGUUCAUACACUGGCUUGUCGGCAUGGUCUAUGUGUACUAUUUUGCGUCUUUCAUAUUGCUAUUGAGAGAAGUGCUACGCCCUGGUGUUCUUUGGUUCUUGAAGAACUUGAAUGAUCCCGAUUUUAGUCCUGUUCAGGAAAUGAUACAUCUACCAGUAUGGUCGCACAUCCGACGUUUGAUUGUAUCAGCCAUGGUGUUCGGUACCGCAGUACUCUUUAUGCUGUGGCUUCCGAUCAGAGUGAUCAAGUAUGUGCUGCCUGGCUUCUUACCGUAUGCAGUUGCAGUGCAUACAGAGGCGCCUGUUAAUGAAUUGAGUUUGGAAUUGCUUUUGUUGCAGGUGAUCCUGCCCGCGCUGCUGGAGCAGUCGCACACGCGCACGUGGCUGAAGGCGGGGCUGCGCGCGUGGUGCGCGUGCGCGGCGGGCGCGCUGGGGCUGCGCUCGUACCUGCUGGGGGCCGCGCGCCACGCCGACCAGCCGCACCCGCCGCACCCGCCGCACCCGCCGCACCAACCGCACCCGCCGCACCAGCUGGGCCAAGCGCACCAGGCAUUAAUGUGGCGCGAAGGCCCAGCCGGCUUCGAGCCGUACGUGCGCGUGUCGUGGUUCCCGCUCCGUUUGACAGCUCUGCUCGGCUUCGUUUCCGUAUCCCUUGUACUGGCCAGCGCUCUUACUUUGGUUAUACCAGUAGCGAUUGGCAGAAAGGUUAUGGCGUUGUGGCUACCAAAAGCGUCGGAAGGAGUACACGAAUUGUACACUGCAGCUUGUGGUAUGUACGUGUGCUGGGCGAUGGGCCGCGGCGGUGCGCUAGCGGCGGGCUGGGCGCGCGGCGGGCGGGCUGCGCUCGUGGCCCGCGCGGCUCUGUGGGCGCGCCGGGCUGCACGGGCUGCGCUAGCUGCACUCGCACUGCUCGGUCUUGUGCCGCUGCUGUUCGGAUUGCUGCUGGAGCUGGUCCUCGUGAUCCCUCUAAGAGUGCCGCUCGAACAAUCGCCAGUGCUAUUCGUAUGGCAGGACUGGGCGUUAGGCGUGCUCUACACUAAGAUAGUGUGUGCGCUAACUAUGAUGGGCCCCGACUGGAGCAUGCGACGUGCUAUUGAGAAGGCGUAUAGAGAUGGUAUUAGGGAAAUGGAUCUUAAGUUCAUACUGCGCUCCGUAGCAGCACCUCUAGUCCGUUGGCUGGGCCUAGCUCUAGCAGUACCGUAUGCGUUUGCGCACAGUGUAGCACCGCUAGCAGUAGCGUCAGCGGCUCAGAGGAACUUGUUGGCACGACGAGUGUAUCCCGCGUUACUGAUUAUAUCAGUACUAGCUGCGUUGGCCGUCUUCCAGAUCCGUCAAUUCCGCAAACUGUACGAGCACAUAAAGAACGACAAGUACCUUGUGGGCCAGCGGCUCGUCAACUACGACCACCGGCGGCACAAGCACGUCACACACUGACUCGCUCGCACUUGUGAUAUCUUAAUUUGUAAGACAAGGACGGGUAUACCCGAAUCGAUUGUUCUAGACCUGUGAGGAUUCUAUGUAACGACGUUAUAGUAUUAACUAAACUGUGCAAUAUCAAAUAUGGCGCCAAAAUUGGUGCGAGUGAGAGCGUUUCGGUCGGGAAAUUGUCUCUUUCUAAUUAGGCCAUGGCCACACAAAAUAAGGGGUAAAUUGCUUGAAAACUAGCGUGUAAAUAUUCUGAUAUUAUAAUGAUGAUACGCUAGCAUAUUUAACGUUAAAAACUAAAAACAAUUAAAGCAUAGUGUGGCUUUAUGUUAUUGGAAAAUUUUAAACAUUGUUAAAUUAUAAUCUACCCGCGAUAUUUACAUAAUAUCCUCUCGCUCGGACCGCUUUAGCCUCCGCUUAUAAGGAAAAAGCAACCCUAAGUAUAUAAAAAUAGAUCUUAUUUUAUCAAAACAAAUAUUUUUAGUGCGCAGUCUAGAUAACAGUAUAACGUCUUCGAUGUGAUGUCAUUAUAAUAGAAAUGGCGGGAAUUAUUUCAUUGGGUUAUAUUGUUAAGAACGUGUAUAGGUUUCUGUUAGGGUUAUAGUGUUUGUGUUCACCGUUAAAAGACAUUUUGUGAAACUAUAAUGUGAAUCAAAGUUUAAAUUUUGUAAUGUCAGUUUCGCCAAAAGUUCAUUGCACGGUUAGAUCCUGUAUUAGCGCAAAAUUAUGCUGUAAAUAAACGCUUAAAUUCGUGGUUCUUUAGGCUAUUGUUACUUUAUUUUUGUAUAUGAUUGUAAUUCCAAAAAUAUAUUUAUUAGAUUUAAAUUCUACGGAAAAUAAUGUUUAUUUUAAUUAGGACUAAAAAUGGUCAUUGAUGUUUAAAAAUAUUGAAUUUGGCAAAGAAAUUGACAAAUGUGUCUUAGUUUGUAAUAUUGAGGUGAACGAACAAACACUAGUACAUAUUGUAUAUAUUUAACUGUUGUAUUGUACGCCAUUUUUAUUAUUUUACAUAAAUUGCCAACAACAUUUAAUUUAAUUCAUUUAAUAUGUUUAUUUUUAUAUCCGUAUUUUAUUUUCAUUAAAUGCUCAUUCAUUAAAUAUAAAUAUAGAUACAAGAUGGUUAAGGUUAUCCUCGUCUCAGCACUUAGCUUGUAAUUCUUGUGAUUAAAUCGUUAAAUAUUA